AUCGUUUGCGGUUUCCAUAAAUUUGAGAGAAAAUGGCGACCAGCGAUGAUGAACCGAUGCACUUGUAUGAGGUGUUUCAAAAUUGUUUCAACAAAAUAGCAAAUAAGCAACCCCCAGGAGCAGUGGUAUCUGAACGGGGUGGGGGCUAUCACUCACCAUAUGGAGGCCUUGCUGUUGAAAACGGAAUAUAUCCUAGUGAUUUUAAUUCUGUUCACGAUGCCAACGGAAGCAAUAAUAGAUUUGCAAACACAACGACGGUUGAUCAGUAUUUUGAUUCCGGGGCAACUAGUAGCGCUGGAUGGUACCAAUCACAAAUGCAUAAUAGUACUAAUUAUAUGAGUCAAGCGACUUAUCAGAGCAACGCACCUAUAUCUUCACAUUCAAUGGAACAUCAACAAGUUCAUAAUGCUGAGGGUUUAACAAAUAGUGCGAGCAUUGGCAUGCAUAUAGGAGGUGAAAGUGGUCAGAUUGGUAUACACAGUCCGGCAUCGACAUCUCUUCCUCCAAUGAGCUCGUUUCGCGGUGGCUCGGGUUCUUUACCAAAUAUAGGACAGCCGACAGUUCUCUCGCCAGCAGUGUACAAUUCGCCACAACACAAUCAAACAGCAGUGCAACAUACAUCCCUGUCUUCGGCUGGGCAAAUAACCCACCAUUCCCUAAAUCAUACUCCGUUACCUCACGCACAUUCCCAUCAUAAUCAAGCACAACUUAGUCCUGCAAUUCAAAAUACUGAUGGCUUUGGUGGAAUAAAUACGAAAGUAUCUGGAGCUAGUAAUUCGACGGCAGCGUCAUUACGACAACAGAUAUACAUGUCGGCUGCAGCAGCUGAUCAGAGUAUAAGCAGCUUUAGCUCGAACCCAUCAACACCUGUUAAUUCACCUCCACCAUUAACACAGUCUGGAGUUGGAGAUGGGACAGUUUCUGGAAACGCCGUAUGGAAUCAUAAUGUUUUAAAUGGUAGUGGCGCUUCAAAUUAUUCAAGCGAUAUGGUACCUGUAACUAGCUUACAUACCAUGGCAUCUGUUUUUCAAGGCGCUCGAAUGGAAGAGCGUUUGGAUGAUGCUCUCAAUGUUCUUCGGAAUCACUGCGAACCGGAACUGUUAACAAGUGUUAAUACUUCUCUAAAUUCAAUAGACAAUACAGAAACAUUAUCCUCCUUUGUGGCCAACUCACCUUCAUCCCAUCUAGUUGGCAGCGGUAGCUCUGCCGGAAAUGGCGCACUAGUACCUAAUUCAUCAAGUACCCUGACGCAUGAAGUUCUUUCAUUGAGUACGCCUGCAGCUAGUGCAAACACGAUUCAAACAAUUGGUGCUACUGGCUUAACAAAUAUAAAAAUGGAACGAAAUUCCACGGCGUCAAUAUCGGCAUCCUCAAAGCCAACUAAAAAACGAAAAGAACAAUUAGGAAUCAGUAAUAUCACACACACCGGGGUGUCAACAACUUCUAGUAUAUCGAAUCUGGAAAUGUCCGACACAAAGCCUACGAGCUCUAUUGAGUCUUCAAAUGCAACCCAGCUGCAGCAGCUGUCUCAAGGUACAAAAGGUUCAAAGAGACCUCGUAGAUAUUGUUCCUCAGCGGAUGAUGAUGAUGACGCGGAGCCAGCUGUCAAAGCUAUUCGGGAAAAAGAACGGCGUCAGGCAAACAAUGCUCGUGAACGCAUUCGUAUACGUGAUAUUAAUGAGGCUUUGAAAGAAUUAGGACGCAUGUGUAUGACACACCUAAAAUCUGACAAACCUCAAACUAAGCUGGGCAUUCUUAAUAUGGCAGUGGAAGUAAUUAUGACUUUAGAACAACAAGUUCGAGAACGAAAUUUAAACCCGAAAGCUGCAUGCUUGAAGCGUCGAGAGGAAGAAAAAGCGGAAGAUGGACCUAAAUUGAAUAUGCAACAUCAUAUGAUACAACAGCCAUCUGUUAGCGGAAAUACUUAUCAUCAUAGCCAGUCUUCACAGCUUGCUGUUCCUCCACCUACGCAGACUAUGAGCAACAUGAGUUUACCAGCUAAUCAGUCUAGUAAUGUUUUACCACCACAUUUACAACAGCAGCAACAAAUUGGACAACAUCCACAAUAGCAUGAUGUCAGCAAUGAUCUGAAAGCCUUAUCAUCUUCCAUAACAACUCAAUUAAUCCCAGAGACUUCAAAGUACUCAUCAGCCUUUGAGCUAGACCAACACCUGCUAAGCAAUUUUUUUAUGCGCUAUCAUGCGAGUCCGACCAUUUCUGAGACAAUGUCCCCUUUGCAACAUCCGUAGUAGGUUGUUUUGUCUAUGGGUCUUAAGCACAAGCACCUAUAUCAUUU